CCCACUGAUUAUCUUGGCGGGUCUUUCGAUUUUGAAUCCAGCAAAGCCGCCGAGCAAACGAUGGUUAUCUCGUCGGAGCCGCCGGAGAUUGAAGCCGCGGAGAUCUACACCGCACCAAACACCUUGGAUGCCUCCGCCAUCUUCCACAUCAUCUACGACGUCGUAGCCUUCGUGCUCUACAUGCACCAGCAAAUCCCCGCCACAUUGCAGGACAUAACCGCUGAAUUCGACGCAAUGCACUCCGAAAUCAAGGAGCUGGAGAUUGCGUUGGGAAGUGAAGUGAAGGCAUCGUUUCGGCGAAAGCAUGUUAGCAAAAUGAGGGAAAUCAAGGUGGGAAUUAAGAGAUUAGAUAAGUUGAUGAAAUCGCUUUUGAAUUUGCAAACUGCAAUCAAAGUGAUGAUUAACGAGAACCCUAACAUAGAGGAAGUCAUUUUGGCUCUCGGAGCUAGCCCGGUUCGGCCGCAGCAUAUUUUUGUCUUGAACUUUCCCCCUGGACUAGCUGUUUCCAAAGUUGAGGAUGAUUUUGCCAGGAGCAAAGUAGCUGAGGGUCUUUCCAGAAAGGCUAUUCGGAGUUUUAUUUCAAAGGGUGCUGGGUCUGUGAUCUAUCCUGGUCCUAUCAAAUUGUUUGUAUUAAUUAAGGCCCCUUGUUCUUUCAACCAGCCUCUGCAUUUUCUGCCUAAACGUGAUUUUAGGUAUAACAGAAAGGUUGUGCCUCUGAAGCUACUGAUUAAGUGCCGAAACCAGGAUCAGGAAGUGGCUAACCAGGAUCAGGAAGUGGCUGCUUCUACUUCAGAAGAUUUGAUCUGGUUUCAGUGCCGGCACGUGAUAAAAGGCCUUGCAAUGAACAUAACCCAAGAAGAAUGAAGUCCUCCACUCCAAAUUAAGACAGGAAGAAUAUGUUGUAUAUAGCUUAUACUUGAAGCUUAUGUUUCCUUGUUUCAUUUUCAUAAUGAUAAUGAUGUGAGCUUGCUAAGCUUGGAGGUCAUUAUUAUUACAACAUUUUAGACCUAGAUCAUGUGGUACCGCAGAUGGUUGGACUAGUAAGAAACCUUAUGCAUUGGUGAAGACAUUACAGAAAGCCAUCAGGAAAAACAGUGUUUGCAGCUUAUUAUUUAAUCCCAGGAGGAGCCAGGAAUGUGGAAGUUGUGGUACGAUGCCAUGUAAUAUCAUGUAAAAAGAUUCCAGAGCCAACUUGUUGAGCUUUGUUUAACCUGGUUGAGAAGAACUUGUCUUAAAGCCCAUCAAACCCUCAUUGGUUUGGAAAGCUAUGUAACUCUCGAGUUACCACCUAGUGAUAACCCUGUGACACCAUAUUUCACUUUGACAUUGGCAUGUGACUAGAAAGAAUACCAAUUUCUAAUCAAGAUAUAGCUUGUACGGGAGAAUCCAUGGUCUCGAAGCCGAGUUCAAUGAAAAAAGAAUUCAAGCAUUGGGUAGUGUCGAUUUGAUAAAGGUUACGGCUUGGCCUUAGAAGGUAUACAAUUCUUCAAACCUAUAGUUUAACAGGUGAAAGAGCUUGAGCAUUAGUUAAUUUCCGAUGUGUGGUUGGCAUGGGAGGUUACACAUCUCAUAAGAGUAACAACACUUUGUACACCAUUUUUCUAUCUAUCUAUUUCUUUUCAUCA